AUGUCUGAUCUCCUAGAAGGUCACAUCGUGCGCACCUUCUCUCGCCUGAAACUGCUGAAAGUGGAGGCCGAGAAAAUUAUGGAGUGGUUUGAGCAAAAUGACGAUGGCAACCAAUGGACCGUCGUCCUUGGCCUGCGAGGACUAACUAUUAAAAACCUCGCCUACCGAUUUCAGUGGAAGGGAUCGAUGGAGUUGAUCAAAGUUGUUCCCUCCGGCAGCUAUGAGGCGGCGGCUGAUCGGUUCGUCGAUGUCGUGAAGUCAAAGCUUCGCGCGAUGGGUAUUCCCUUCGAGGAAUUGCUGUGGGGUGAUUGA